AAAGGCACAAAUAGCCCGCCCGCCGCCCCGCCCCGCCGCCGCCGCCUAGCCGGCGAACUCGUGCCUCUUCCGCUUCCGCCGCCACCGCGGCCACCACCGGAUUUGCUCGUGCCGUCGCGCGGCAUUGCAGAUUCCCCUGCUCCGGCUGGCGGCAUCCUGUUGAUUGCGGCGCGGCCGCGCGAGGAGUGCUCGCAGCCCCACCCCGCGCCGGGGUUCCGCCUGCAUGGCGAGGAACACGGGUCGCACGGUCUACAUAGGUAACUUGGAUGAAAAGGUAUCUGAAAGAAUCCUGUAUGAGAUUCUUAUUCAGGCAGGUCCUGUAAUAGACCUGCAUAUACCUUUCGACAAGGAGAAUAGUCGUCUCAAAGGUUAUGCUUUUGCUGAGUAUGAAACUGAGGAAAUUGCCCAGUAUGCUGUUAAACUUUUCUCAGGACUUGUUCGGAUCAAUGAUAAAGCACUUAAAUUCAUGAUUGCUGGUCAUGACAAACCCUCUUCAGAUGGCAAAAACCCAGUUAUGCCUAAGCUCAACCCUAUACCGUCUUCGAAUGGCAAUAACCCAGUAAUGCCUAAGCUCAACCCUAUACCGUUACCAAAACAGACUCAAUUCACGCAUUGUAGUGAUAUGCCUGUGUCUCAUACCUCAGCAUAUCCAGUGGUAAACGGCAGGAUUGCAGGUUAUGGUUUUUGUCACACUCCCUAUCCAUAUGAUGUUCACCCUCAAGCUUUAUCAGGUGGACCAGUGCACAGCCAUGGCCAGGUAAGCAAUGGUAUGUAUGAUUACAGUAGGCAGGCAUUUGGUUCUGUUCCGAACAUUGCCCAUAGAGGUCCUAUUAUGAACGCCUUUGCACAAGGAGCUGCGAAUCAGCCAAUCAUGUACCCAUCCUACUAGCACCAAGGAAUGUUAUGAUGCCUCAGUAUCUCAGGAACUGAACGUCUAGAUUGUAGAACAUGUAGUCAUGCUCGUUCAUGUAAAUAUGGUUAUCAUCUCAUCGAGAUCUUCAGAAUUAGGCUACCAUGUUCUUUGUUAAAGGCAAAACCCUGUCCUGUUGUGUACUUCGAUUUCAAAACUCUGAAGCCAACAGAUAUUCACAAAAGGAGAGUGAGGGGCACUAUUGUGUUCGUGCCAGCCACAUAAAUGAAUCCAACUCGUUUAGGCUGGACUGCUGGAAGCACAAAAUUCCUGACUUUCAUCUAUAUAAGUAUUUGUGUUGACAUUGCAGAUUGAAAGUGAAUGAUAGAAAACUCAGUUGUAGGAAUGUCAUGCAUGUUUUGCUUUUUUUUGCACUUUUUAGGCACUUAUUAUAGGUCGAGGUGUCAUCAGUCACUGGCAGCAAGAUUCUAGUUGGCUUUUAGCCUUUAUUUUACAAGUUAGGUGAGGAGGAAAGAUGAGAUUGCCUGGUGCCUUUUUUUGGGAGGAAGUCGGGAGGGAUGGACCCCCUACCCAAAUUUUAUUGAUUAUACAAAAUUCUGUACAACUGGUGAUUGAAUAUAUUGCCAGUUCUGAUGUUUGACAAAUCUGAUAGUUUCUUUUACCAGUGCAGUUCCACCUAUCAUCUUUUGUGCAAUACUGGAAGUGACAAGGUCAUUGUCCGAACUACCACGGUACCACCAAGCUUGUGCUAAGUGAUGCCAUGCAACUUGUCUCAUCAUCGUUGCUCCAUAAA